GAGUUUAACCUCGACGGGUAGAAGAUUCGGUAAAUACUACUUUUAGAUAAACAGCUAGUUUUUAUUGAAUCAAGAAAUAUUGUCUUGACAGAUAAGUAAGAGCAACUACUGUAGUCUCGGGCGCAUAUAUCUUCACUCGUGUUAUUAUUGCCAAGUAUAAAGUUUUAAGAAAAUAAGUUUAACUGGAAACAAACAUUAAUCGUAUUCUUCUAAAAACUGUGCAGUAUUUUAAGUGAGUUUGCAAUGGCCAAAAAUAAUGAGAAAACCAACAUUUUGGGUUUGAAUGGUAAUUACUAUGGAUCGUUGGGUGUACAUAAUAGUAUAACACCACCCUCGAAUAUUUUGUCACCAAGAAGGGUUAUAUACUGUGUGCAUGGCAAAGCUAGUGCAGGCUGUUGCAAAGUUUUGGAAGGCGAAAUUAUAGAUAUAAUUCCGGAUGAAGAUAACAUAAGCACCCACACCAAGGAAAACACAGAUACGACAGAACUAAUUAAUAAACACUGCCAUCAAAAGGGAGCUCCUGAAGUGGAUAAAAGAGCUAGAAGGAAACUAAUAAUAGCUAGUAUAUUAUGUGUGAUUUUUAUGAUAGGAGAAAUUGUAGGUGGAUACAUCUCAAACAGCUUGGCGAUAGCGUCAGAUGCUGCGCAUUUACUAACGGACUUCGCCAGUUUCAUGAUAUCCUUAUUUUCUUUGUACAUGGCCAAUCGUCCAUCAACCAGGAAAAUGUCGUUCGGGUGGUACCGCGCCGAAGUCAUAGGAGCCCUAACAUCCGUACUGCUUAUAUGGGUGGUCACGGGAAUCUUGGUUUAUUUAGCAGUACAGCGGAUAAUCAACAAAAAUUACGAUAUCGAUGCCAAAGUGAUGUUGAUAACGUCCGGAAUUGGAGUUAUUGUUAAUCUUGUAAUGGGAUUAACAUUACAUCAACACGGCCAUACGCAUAGCGGGAGUUCUCAUGGGCAUUCGCACGACGAAAAUAUAAAUGUCAGGGCGGCUUUCAUCCACGUUUUGGGAGACUUUCUUCAAAGCUUUGGAGUGUUUGUGGCCGCCACUGUCAUAUACUUCAAAAGAGAUUGGAUGAUAGUGGAUCCAAUAUGCACCUUUUUAUUCUCCGUUCUCGUGUUGAUAACAACCUUCGCCAUUAUCAAAGACGCUAUAAUGGUACUUAUGGAAGCAUUACCUAAGGGUAUUGAUUUCGAAGCGGUUAUGAAUAUCCUGCUCAACAUUGAAGGGGUCAAAAGAGUUCACAACCUAAGGAUUUGGGCGUUGAGUUUGGAUAAAAUCGCCAUGUCUGCACACGUUGCCAUCAGUCCAGGAACAAAUCCUCAAAACGUCUUAAUGGUGGCCACCAAGAAUAUACACGAUAAGUUUAAUUUCUUUGAAAUGACUUUGCAGAUAGAAGAAUUUCAAGAUGUUAUGGAGAAUUGUGUACAGUGUAAAAAUCCUAAUUAGUGUAAUUCUUACUUCUUUAUUUAUUUUUAUUAUAGUUUUUUUAUUAUUUAGAUUUUAUUUUGCUUAAUUGUUUAAUAAAUUGUUUAU